AAGGCCAGGACACUUCCUGCUUUAUCACGUGAUCACAAUGUCACACAGGAUGAGGCUGGCCGCAGGAAGCAGACGCUGCAGUGUGUGCAGCUUCUAGUUUUGUGCUUUCUGAGGGGCGGGGGAAGAUGGAGGCGCUGCACCGGCUCCGGCAGUUUGAUGCCUAUCCCAAAACCUUAGAGGACUUUAGGGUUAAAACAUGCGGAGGGGCAGUAGUUACAGUGAUAAGCGGCCUUAUCAUGCUGAUACUUUUCUUCUCAGAGCUCCAGUACUACCUCACGAAAGAAAUCUACCCAGAACUAUUUGUUGAUAAAUCAAGAGGAGAUAAGCUAAAGAUCAACAUUGAUGUUAUCUUCCCACACAUGCCUUGUGCUUAUUUAAGCAUAGAUGCGAUGGAUGUUGCUGGUGAGCAGCAGCUUGAUGUGGAGCACAAUCUGUUCAAACAGCGCCUGGAUAAAGACAAAAAACCUGUAACUUCAGAGGCAGACAAACAUGAACUUGGUAAAUUAGAAGAGCAUGUAGUACUUGAUCCAAAAACCUUAGACCCCAAUCGUUGUGAAAGUUGCUACGGAGCUGAAACAGAGGACUUCAGUUGUUGCAACUCUUGUGAUGAUGUGCGGGAAGCUUACCGAAGGAAAGGCUGGGCAUUUAAGACUCCAGAUUCCAUAGAACAGUGUAAAAGAGAGGGCUUUAGCCAGAAGAUGCAGGAACAGAAGAACGAAGGAUGCCAAAUCUACGGGUUUCUUGAAGUGAACAAGGUUGCCGGGAACUUUCACUUUGCUCCUGGAAAAAGCUUCCAGCAAUCUCAUGUCCAUGUGCAUGCGGUUGAGAUACAUGAUCUCCAGAGCUUUGGGCUUGACAAUAUAAAUAUGACGCAUGAAAUCAAACAUCUCUCAUUUGGAAGGGAUUAUCCUGGUCUUGUCAACCCUCUGGAUGGGACCAGCAUAGUAGCAAUGCAAUCAUCGAUGAUGUUCCAGUACUUUGUGAAAAUUGUGCCGACCGUUUAUGUUAAAGUUGAUGGAGAGGUUCUACGGACCAAUCAGUUUUCAGUUACCAGACAUGAAAAGAUGACCAACGGACUAAUAGGUGAUCAGGGUCUACCUGGGGUUUUUGUCCUGUAUGAGCUCUCCCCAAUGAUGGUAAAACUCACAGAGAAGCAUAGGUCGUUUACACAUUUUCUAACGGGAGUAUGUGCCAUUAUAGGAGGAGUGUUUACAGUUGCAAGUCUCAUUGACGCCCUAAUUUAUCAUUCCACACGUGCCAUCCAAAAGAAAAUUGAGCUGGGAAAAGCCACUUAAUGAAAACAAAAAUGAUAACAACUGCACCUUCAAGCUGGCAAGAGACUGGUUUCUCUGUACGGGUUCUCUGUCGAAAUUGGGAACGGGGAUAUUCUAAAUGUCAGGAUAGAAUGUGUGUGUGUGGUGGUCCACAUGUAGACACCUUACUGGAUAGGGACAAGACCUUAAGCCAGGAAACUAAGGGAAACGUGAGAGGAAACCUCCUCCCAAGGAAAUUGUAACCAUAUUAUGUGCAACUGUCUUUUUGGAAAUAUUGAGCGGCUGUGUCCUCUGUGUUAUGUCUGUGUUCCAGUUUACAUUACCUAUAAGGGACGAGCACUAGCAAAUAUAAAAGAUGGUUGUGGAUGGGGCGCUGUAAUUACGAGGAGCUUCCAACUUCCAGUUUUUGCUGCUUUCCUAUAACAGCUUGGGUGAUUCACCAACACUGCUGCAGCAAGAUGGAGGAUGUGGAGCUGAUGCCAAGGAGGACAUUCAUGCUUUCCAGUAAUGGACACUUAAGCAAAUUUAAAGAAGGUACCAAAGCAUCAGACCCAAACACACACACACAUUGAGGAAGAGGUUAUAUGUUAAUCAGGGCUGUUGGAGUGGAAAUUAAAAAAAAAAAAAAAGGACUUCUGUUCCUAUAAGAUCUUGCUGGCAUUGGUGGGGAUACUCUGUAAAAGGUUCUUACUGUAAGAAAUAAUAAAUUAUUUUGCUGCUA